GAAAGGCAGAGGAGCGGCUGGAGCUGGCUUGGGUUGUGCGGGUGUAAUCCUAUCACACAACAAUGGAUGACUAUACAAAAAUAGAGAAGAUUGGUGAAGGAACUUACGGUGUUGUAUACAAAGGCAAGCACAAAGCUACGGGCCAGGUGGUUGCCAUGAAAAAGAUCCGAUUAGAGAGCGAAGAAGAAGGUGUUCCCAGCACUGCCAUUCGUGAGGUUUCCUUAUUGAAAGAGCUUCAUCAUCCCAAUAUAGUCUGUCUUCAGGAUGUGCUUAUGCAAGAUUCAAGGCUUUACCUUAUCUUUGAAUUUCUUUCUAUGGAUCUCAAGAAAUACUUGGACUCUAUCCCAUCAGGACAGUAUUUAGACCGUAUGCUUGUUAAGAGUUACUUGUACCAAAUCUUGCAAGGUAUUGUGUUCUGCCAUUCAAGAAGGAUUCUGCACCGAGACUUGAAACCUCAGAAUUUGUUAAUAGACGACAAUGGAGUAAUCAAACUAGCUGACUUUGGGUUGGCUCGAGCUUUUGGUAUCCCCGUGCGGGUCUACACGCAUGAGGUCGUAACCCUGUGGUACAGAUCCCCAGAAGUGCUGCUAGGCUCUGCGCGUUACGCGACGCCUGUGGAUAUAUGGAGCAUAGGCACCAUUUUUGCUGAAAUGGCAACCAAGAAACCGCUCUUCCACGGGGACUCAGAAAUUGACCAGCUCUUCAGGAUUUUCAGAGCUUUGGGGACACCUAACAACGAGGUGUGGCCUGAAGUAGAGUCUUUGCAAGAUUACAAGAACACUUUCCCCAAGUGGAAGCCCAGCAGCCUGGUGUCACACGUCAAAAACCUGGAUGAAGAUGGCCUGGACCUGCUUUCUAAAAUGUUAAUCUAUGACCCUGCAAAGAGAAUUUCUGGUCGCACUGCCCUGAACCACCCAUAUUUUGACGACUUAGACAAAUCUAAACUUCCAGCCAGUCGGAUCAAGAAAUGCUAAUUGCCCUAAACCUCCCAGAUGAGUUGUGGG